AUGAGGCAGUGCAUCAAGCAAUCAAUUAAUGUACAGUAAGACUCGGGUUUCACAAUAAACCCUUCAUCAAUAAUUACUUCAAACCCAUCGCACAUUCGAAAAGCUGGAGUGGAAGAAACAAGCACAAUCAGUUGGCGAAGGCCAAGAACUGGUCUAAGAUGGCGGGCAUAAUUGAUGAUGGGUGGACGAUAGUAGUCGGACAACCAGCCAGUGAAAUUCGCGAGGAGAAACAAAUUGAAGAAUGGGAGCGCUCGAAAGGUGGGUGGUCUGGAUUUGGUAAACAUCCUCAGAAUUGGGCGGACCAUAAGAAAUUACAUCUUUCAUCAGAAAAUGAAUUGGGAUCUGGAAGUUAUGGACUUGUGCAGCGCGUUACGUAUGGUGCUGUCACCAUGGCCCGCAAACAGUGAGUAUUCCAUCUAUUACCCGGAUUCUAUGACUUCGUAAAGCUGAUUGAACCUCAGCGUGGUACCUCGUGGUGGGAUGACGGUCGAGAAGCUCCGGGAGGAAGCUAAUGCCAUGGAGGAACUGGCGCAUAAACAUAUUUUGAAGCUGGUCGGGACUUAUACGUGGAAGCGCAAAAAUUUAUAUCUCCUCCUAUACCCUGCGGCGACUUGCGAUUUAAGUACAUUUCUCGAUGAUAUAGAUGGGAUUCGUUCGGAUACAUGCGCGGAUAGGGAUGAUGCGAUGAAAAGGCUCUUUGCCCUUGGACUCAAGGAUAUCGGGAAAAUCGACGAUUUGUGUAUGUUAAGACGACCGAUGCCUCAUUCGGAGCCAGCGCAUAUAAAGAGAACAGAAACAGCUUUGGGAUUUUUACAACAAAUCAUGGGAUGUAUUACGGAAGCAUUGGUGUUUGUUCAUGAAAAAGGUAUUCGGCAUCGGGAUUUAAAACCUAAGAAUAUCUUGUUAAGUCCGGGUCGGGUAUACCUCGCGGAUUUCGGUAUCGCGAGAGAUGUUAAAGAAUCGGAAAAUAGUAUAACUUGUGGUAGAUAUGGUACCCCUUCUUGGAUAGCUCCAGAGGUUUAUGAUGGUGAAGAUCAUCAUAUGUCAAAGGCAGAUGUCUUUUCCCUUGGUUGUAUAUUCCUCAAUAUCGCGACAGUGUUAUAUGGGAACUCAACUGAAUUGGCGACAUUUGACGAAGUAAUGAAGGAGAAGGAAUGGCCUAAAAAGUACGAGAUGUUGUCGGAUCAUCUAAACAAAUUAAGGGAUAAAGCAAUUAGAGCUGCUUUGGCUGAUGAAGAAGAGCCCAAUUUCGACGCAAAAAAUAUAUUAGGUCUUGUGGAGAAAAUGUUAUUAUAUGGAGCUGAACGACGACCUUCAGUAAAGGAGGUUAAUGAAAGGUUAUGUGAACUUGGAGGUUUGGAUCAAAUUUAUCAUUUAUCUUGCUGUCAUAAAAAGAACGAUGUUAUGUCUCGAUCAAUAAGUGAGCCUCCAUACCCUUUCUUCAUCCGAGUCAUACUAAUUCGAUGACUAGAUUCAAAAAUGAGAACUAUUUCAGAAUGUAGUUUAUCAUCCAAAAGUAGGAUCUCCGAACUCGAGACUGAAAAUAGUGCUUUGAAAGAACGUCUUGCAACCCUUCAAAACAAAGAUCAAACAUACGAAUUACGAAUCGAGCAUGAACGUAAUCAUGCAAAGAAACAAAACGAUGUACUCAAAGAACGAUAUGAAAAACAACUUAAAGCAAAAACUGAAGCUUUAAAAGGUGCAGAAGAGCGCAUUAGAGCAUUAGAAUCAAUUAUGGACCAUAAACGCCGACCAUUUCAUAACAAAGGUAGAGGUCGAAAUAUAGCUCAAGAAAGUCUACACACAAACGAUAACCUCAAUAUCAACAACCUAGCUUUCCACACAAAGCACGCACUUUCUACCCAAAACAAGACAAUAAAACCAGGACCUAAAACGCCAGACGGAUAUUUCCCCAACAUACCACCCCGAAACCCAUCUUUCACAAAUUUAAAAGAUACAACUUUACAGCGUCGUCCCUCUGGUAUCCCAAUACCUACUCGCUCACCAACUCCCAUUGUUACUCCUCAUAAAUCAUCAUUUAGUUCGCCGGGAAGUGGAAAUAGUACGUUGGUUAGCAGUACGUAUUCUGUAUUUUCGAAUCGGAGUAAGAUGACGGAUGGGAGUGUUACUCCGGUGGAAAGUCCUGGGGAAACGAUGAGUCCACCUGAUAGUCCGAUUUCUAGUAUUAGGGGGAAGGGUUUGAAUUCGGAAUGUAUGAGGGGACCACAGUUGGUUAAUGGGAGGAUGAAGAUAAAUAGUAACGAGAAGGAGAGGACGAUUAAACCUACCUGGGCAAGAAUGGUGAGGGGGAAUGUUUCUAAGACUUGAGAUGUGAAAUGGAUGAGGGAAAAUUAGCCAUGAACGAAGAAGGAUUUGAAUACCAUGGGAAGAAACAGAAUUCCUACAAGCGAGCGACCGAAGCGAGAUACCCCUCGCUAUGAGGAAUGCGCCUAAAACCUAUAGGGAUGAAGGCCAAUGAGAGAUAGCGAUUGAGAAGCUGUAUAGUCCAUUUUCAAUAUAGAUUAGCUUGGAAUACAUGCAUUGAUAGAGCAAUGAAAGAAGUAACGAACCAUCUCAUGCAAUG